UAAACGCCAACUACUCACACGGCAUUUAGUGUGAUACAGCGUUAAGAAAUACACCUAUACCGACACCGUAUUAUAAUAAUAUUUAAUUUAAAACGUUAACGCAAUGUUCUUUCGAAUACCGUUAGCGGGCCUUUGUCUGGUCGCCAUCGUCUCAACGCUAGACGUCAACGGUGAGCAGAUUUCAAAAACUACACAGUUCUUGGCAAACGCUGCACUUCAGGCGACCAUCGAAGACCGGUACAACUACGUGUCGUCCCCUUUGGCCGCCUCGAUUAUCCUGGGAUUGGUGACAGAAGGAGCAGAGGGUGAUACUAAGAGUGAACUGCUGGCAGCCUCGGGAUCCAACGAAUUGUUGGACAAGGAGGCGUACAAGAAGGUGCUCACUUCGAUCAAGGGGUUGUCAUCCGACGGAACGUUACAGAACAAGGUGGUGCUCAAAAAUUUCGUGUAUGUCUACAAAAACUACAGCGUCCACGAGUCGUUCGCCGAGUUAGCUAAGGAGUAUUACUUGGCAGAUGUCAAGAGCGUGGCAAGACCAGACUUGGAGGUCCGCAUUCUCCAGACUCGGGAAGACGUCACAAACACCGCGUUUAACGAACACGCCAUGCUGAUGUUCAACGGGUUCUCUUUGGAAAUGAGUUGGCCGACGAGCACUUGGCACAGGACUUCAGUGUCUUGGGACGGUAAUGUGAUUAGAGCAUUUGGAGCGGCCGGCAACUUUGCUCUGGGCUACGUACCGUCAGUAGAUUGUACAGCUUUCAAGUUACCAUACAAGAACACGGAUUACAGUCUGCUAGUGCUUGUACCAAAAACCAAAAGUACAUUGGACGACACGCUUAAAAGCCUGCCCGAAAACAGCAUCGAUGAAAUCACAAAGACGUUGACUAUGAAACCGGCUUUCGUCACGAUGCCAUGUUUUGAAAGUAGCAACAUCACUUCCUUUAAAUCUGUUUUAAAAGAGAAAACAAAGGUAAACAGAGUUUUCACCGAAACAGCCGACUUGUCAAACAUAUCGUCUGACAAACUGUACUUAGACGACAUGGUUCAACAGGCAGGUAUUGAAGUAUGCAUCGAUGGAACAUCAGCUUUUUCAUUAUCUAGUUCAGCGUUUGCGCCUCAAAGAGUCAUCAAAGAGUAUAUAGUUGUUGACAAACCAUUUGUGUACAUCUUAUACAAUGAGAGUAACAACGUAAUACUCGUCGCUGGUAAAGUAGAACAACCCAACUGGCAAGAAACAGAGAACAAUUCAAACACUGAUAUUGAAACUAUCAAAAUGUAGGAGAACGAUAUCUACUAGCGCCUCAUGGCCGAAAUUAAUUAUUAAGUUUUAAAAUUAGCAAGUCAUAAUUAUUUUUAGAACAUGUAUUUAUUAAAUUAUUAUUAUACUAUACAUUAUAUAAUAAAAAUAUAGUUACACUAUUUACACAA